GGGUUCAGAAGCCAUCCGCUGUGCCUGCGGUGUGCGCUUUGGCGGCUCUCCCCUCACUGUCUUCAUCACGUCAAGUAUGGCGGACCAGUACCUGUACAACACCAACGAGGAGAAGAUCAUGAAGGACAGCAACACCAAGGAGAUCGAUCUCAUCAACAGAGACCCCAAGCAGAUCAACGAGGACGUGGUGAAGGUGGAGUUUGAGGAUGUCAUCGCAGAGCCAGACGGCACACACAGCCUGGACGGCGUAUGGAAGCUCAGCUACACCACCUUCACCGUGUCCAAGUACUGGUGCUACCGCAUUCUGUCCGCCAUCUUCGGCAUCCCCGUGGCGCUGCUCUGGGGCUUCCUGUUCGCCUGCAUCUCCUUCUGCCACAUCUGGGCCGUGAUGCCCUGCAUCAAGAGCUGCCUGAUCGAGUCGCAGUGCGUCAGCCGCAUCUACUUGCUGUGCAUUCAGACCUUCUGCGAUCCGUUGUUUGAAGCUCUGGGCAAGAUCUUCAGCAGCGUACGAGUGGCAGUGCGCAAGGAAGUCUAAAAACUCACACGACACUGCUGUUAAUAGUGCGAUCAGAUGAGGUCUGGUAUCUUUUUCUACACCAACUUGGCGCCUUACCAGGCGACAAUGCUGUUCACCGGACUCUCAUCUCAAAGGGGUCUGUUAUCAUGACAUUUUGGUAGUAAUUUUGUACAAAUAAUUACAGUGAUUAGUCGAAGAGUGAGCUAUUUGCAACACCUUGGCAUCCUACCAUGCUGUUCACCACCCUCUCAUCUUCUAGGGGCCCAUUAUUAUGAGAUUUUAGAAAGAUUUUGUACAUGAAAGUACAGUUAUUUGUAGAAAGUUGACAUAUUUGCAUCACCUCGGCAAGGUAGCGCACCUUGCUGUACCCCGCUCUCUUAUCCUUGAAGGAUUUGCUAUCAUUUAGUCAGAUUUUCUCCCAAAAAGUACAGUUAUUAGUAGAAAUUUGACGUUUGUUGCAAUUGUUUUCGAGUGAAUGGAUUUGAAGAAAAUAGUACAAUAAGAAAUGCUUAGAAAUUACCCCAAAAAUAUAAAACAGCUUUUUCUGCCUGGUAUUAUUCCAAUGUUUUGUCCGUGUCCAAUGAAAAGCAGCAAAUUUGGUCGGGGAAAAAA